AUGGCAAAACGACCAAACGAAUUCACAGAGGGCGACCUCGAUAACCUAAAAAAUGGUGAACGAGCAGGCAGCACCGCCAGACUAGGUGAAGCUACGACACCAGUAAAGGACGGCAUGGGCGAGUUCGAAGAUCCAUAUGAAGACGAAAUGGAAAGCGACGAGGACGUCGUAGAGGCCGGCACAGCUUCUGAAAUGGAAGAAGACGAAGAUGAAGACGAGGCAAUGGAUGUCGAUACAGAAGCAUACAGAAUAUCGCGGCCUCAGGAACCAUUAAAAGAAAAUGAAGUGCUAGAACCAGACCCGAGUGCUUUCCACCUGUUACACAAUAUGGGGACAAAGUGGCCGUGUCUGUCGUUCGAUGUCUUACAGGAUAGCUUGGGUGAUAAUAGACAGGCCUAUCCGGCGACAGUAUUCCUCGUUACCGGCACACAAGCUUCCAAAGCUAAGGAAAACGAAAUAACAGUCAUGAAGUUGAGCGGGCUGUCCAGGAUAAAGCAAGACCCCGAAGACUCCGAAGACGAGGACGAGGAUUCCGAUGCAGACGAAGACUCCGACCCUAUUCUCGAAUCCCGCCAUAUCCCACUAAAUACAACCACAAACCGUAUCCGUACAUCUCCAUUCUCCCUUCAAAACUCCGAGUACCUAACAGCCACAAUGCUCGAAACCGGUUCCGUAAAUAUCUACAACGUAACACCUCAUCUCACAUCUCUAGAAUCCCCGGGAAACCCAAUCCCUCCAACCUCCAACCAACCAAUCGCAAGUCUAUCCAUGCACCGAGGUGUAGAAGGUUACGCAAUAGACUGGUCACCAUUAAUCCCCCAAGGCCGUCUCCUAACCGGUGAUAACUCCGGUAAAAUCUUCCACACAACCCGUAACGAAUCCGGAAAAUUCAUCGCCGAAACCUCGCCAUUCACAGGCCAUACCUCCAGUAUCGAAGAAAUCCAAUGGUCUCCAUCGGAACGUACAGUCUUCGCCUCAGCAUCCGCGGACGGAACCGUUAAAAUCUGGGACGUUCGACAGAAGAACAAGAAGUUCGUAUUAAGCGUUGACGUCAGCUCUUCGGAUGUCAACGUAGCCAGUUGGAACCCUGGAACGCAACAUUUACUCGCUACGGGUGCGGAUGAUGGUGUAUGGGCCGUUUGGGAUUUAAGAACUUUCUCUAGCAGUGCUGGGAAUGUUAGCGCCGUUGCAAGCUUUAGUUGGCAUCAACAACCCAUCACAAGUGUGGAAUGGAAUUCGAAUGACGAUACAGUUGUGGCAGUUGGAAGCGCUGAUUCGACGGUUACGCUGUGGAAUUUGGCUGUGGAGGAGGAUACGGAGGAAGGUGGUAAAGCCGGUGGAGCUGGUGAUGCACCCGAUCAGCUGAUGUUUGAGCAUUUCUGUGAAGGUGUGAGGGAGGUGCAUUGGGUUAAGCAAGUGCCCGGCAUGGUAGUAGCAACGGGAGAGAAGGGGUUCAGUGUCUUCAAGACAAUCAGUGUAUAG